AUGACGGAAGAGGAACAUGGAAAACCAAGACCCAAACGGGUUUUUAUCAACGAUAUAGAUUCGUACUCGUCAAAACACAUUGCUAAGUUCUUGUCCACUUGCAUCGUUGGCAAGUCUUUGGAAGACGUAGAAGAAGAGGAUGAGGAUGAGAACGUCCCUCAAGACGAGUCGACCCCCAAAGACGAAACUUUUCAAAUAGUCGGUACUAUUUCAAGUAAAGACGGGACUAAGCAGAGUUUUGCAGUGGAGCAGUAUUCAUCAUCUAAUCGAGAUGAGCUUCUGCAGCAUCUGAUGCAAUGUGAAGUUAUUGUGUACAACAUCACAGAACGAGCUGACGUAGUUGAUGAAGCCUGCUGGGCCGUAUCAGCUCUUCAUUCCGAAAUUGAACAUUUUCCAUCUCCGAAGACAUUCAUUUUGGUGUCGACGUUGAUGACAUGGGCCAUGUCCAAACCAGCUGAUCCUGAUGACCCCGAGAUUCCUUUAACGGAGGAUAACUACAAGAGAAAAUUACCGCAUCCGAACUUCAGAGAGCAUUCGAGUACAGAGAAACUGGUCCUUAAAUUGGGAAGAACGAAAAAGUCCAAGCUGACCACUUACGUAGUGGCUACAGGGUUACAGUAUGGAAUGGGAGAAGACAUCUUUCACUAUUUUUUUAAAGCAUCAUGGCUUGGAGAGAUGAGUACCAUUCCCAUCUUUGGGCCAGGCACCAAUUUUGUCCCUACCAUACAUGUUAAUGAUCUUGCUGGGAUUGUCCAAAACAUUAUCGAUCACAAACCUAAAACACGCUACUUCAUAGCUGUGGAUGACUCCAAGAACACGCUUGAGGAUAUAGUGAAGACUAUAGCCUAUGUGCUUGGUCCAGGAAAAACCAAGAGAGUGCCCAGAGAGGAAGGCUACCUUUCAAAGGCACUAACGAAAAUGGAUCUUUAUUUCCUGAACAUCAAUCUACGGAUUGAGUCUGUUUUCCUGAAGGAAGUCUUCAAUCUCCACUUGGUGUGUGAAACUGGAAUUGUGGAGAACAUACAUUAUGUUGUUGAUGAGUACAAGCAGGUCCGGCAACUGCUGCCAAUCAAAAUCUGUCUCCUUGGCCCUCCUGCAGUUGGGAAGACCUCAGUUGCUGAGAGAUUGUGCAAACAUUACAAACUUCAUCAUAUUAAAGUCAAGGAAGCCAUUGAUGAGAAAAUAAAGAGUCUGGAGGAGAUCCUGCAAACAGUUGAGAGGUCAGAUGAAAAUGAAGAGGCACUUCAAGGGGCUCAGGAUCUACUUGAAUCUCUGAGGGACAAUCUAAACCAGAAUGGAGGACGACUGGAUGACCAUUUGGUGUUUAGCAUCAUUAGAGAGAAACUGAAUUCAAGACCCUGCAACAACCAAGGUUUUGUGCUGGAUGGUUACCCUGAGACCUACGCACAAGCGAAGGGUCUUUUCUACAAUGGCGACAUGGAUGACAAAGUUAAUUCUUAUGACAGAAAAAUCAUUCCAGAGUACGUUUUCUCACUCAAUGCCACGUAUGAGUUUCUCAAGCAAAGAGCACAGAACCUUCCAGAGAGUAAAGCGAAUGAAUUGCACUACACUCAAGAUGAGUUUCUUCAACGUCUUGCCAAGUUUAGAGAAGCUAACACGGAGGAUGAAACUGUGCUUAACUAUUUCGACGAGCUGGAAAUUCACCCAGAGCAUAUUGAAAUGGACAGUGUGAAAGAUGAGGAGAAUCACGCUGUGAUUGAAAAGAUAAAACAGAUAGUGGGAAAGCCCAUGAAUUAUGGUCUUACUCCAGAGGAGCAAGAGGAGGAAGACAGAAGGAUUGCAGAAGAGAGGAGACAGCAAGUCCUGUGUGAAGCAGCUGAAAGAGAGCUAAGAGAGGCUGAGGAGGUGGCCAGAAUGGCUCCUCUGCUGGAAGAGUGGAGAAGGACUGUAACAGAGGUGAAAAAACAGGAACAUGAAAUGCUGGAGAUCCGCUCCAUUCCUCUGAGAAAUUACCUGAUGAAGUUUGUCAUACCCACUCUCUCACAAGGCAUGAUUGAGUGUUGCAAAGCAAGACCUAAUGAUCCAGUCGAUUUUCUGGCAGAAUAUCUCCUUAGGAAUAACUCAGAAGAUGAUUGA